AGAAAAUUGUAAGGUCAUUUGAAUUACGUGCGCCAGCGAGGUGAUCGGCCACAAUGAUCUCAGAAAGGCUGUCGGCUGCGGGAUGAUGAGGAUCGCGGGGUCAAAGUCGACGCGCACCGUCAGGCGAAUCUGACUCCCGAUCGGCCGGAGGAGAGGAGCAGCGGCUCAGUGUGGCACUUACACCCAGAGGAGGGGGGGAUCCCGGUGCGUGCGUCUCUGUCCGUGUGAGCCUCUGUGGAGCCAGGCGAGCGGCUGUGAGAGCGAACCGGGCUAACGCGUAAGCCGAUCAAGGUGGAAUCGCACACAACGAAUUUACGCGUCAGGGGAUUUCUGCGCACAUACAUGCUGUGACGGUGCGAGUCCAGUGCAAGGAUGAUGCGUCUAGGGUGCUGCACAGCCCUGCUGUUUGUGCUGAGGCUGCUGGUGGGCUUGCCCUGGUACCAGGUUCUGCCGGCCAUCCUGAUCUUCUAUCUGGGAAGCGGAGGAUGGAGCUUCCUGCAGAUUUUUGCCAAAACUAUCGGCAGAGACUUACAUGCGGCCGGUGUGUUGUUGCGUGUGAAGAUGAACGUCAGACGUCACCUCAAACAGAAGAACACCCUUCCCAAGAUCUUUGCUGAGACAGUGCGUCGCCAUGGUGAAAAGACAGCACUCAUCUUCGAGGGGACGGGGGAGAAGUGGACCUUCCGAGAGUUGGACGAGUACUCCAACCGAGUGGCUAACCUGCUGCUACAGCGGGGUUUCAAGGAGGGUGAUGUGGUGGCCCUCUUCAUGGAGAACAGGCCCCAGUACGUGGGCCUCUGGCUGGGCAUGGCCAAGAUCGGAGUAGAGGCCGCUCUCAUCAACUUCAAUCUGAGACUAGAGGCCUUGGUCCACUGUGUCACCAUCUCCAAUGCCAAGGCUGUGGUCUUUGGCGCCGAGCUGACUGAUGCUGUUUGUGAGGUCCACAGUUCAAUGGGGAAGACGGUGCAGACGUUCUGCUCCGGAGACUGGGACCCGAAACGAGUCCCUCAGGGCACCGAGUGCCUCGAGCCCCUGCUGGCUGCAGCCCCGUCCCACCUGCCCAGCCGGCCCCAACGCUGCUUCACAGAUCGCCUAUUCUACAUCUACACAUCAGGAACCACUGGGAUGCCGAAAGCUGCCAUUGUCGUGCACAGCAGGUACUACCGCAUGGCAGCUCUGGUAUAUUACGGCUUCAGGAUGACGCCAGACGAUGUGCUGUAUGAUUGCCUUCCACUCUACCACUCUGCAGGAAACAUUGUGGGAGUGGGCCAGUGUUUGAUCCAUGGCAUGACCGUAGUCAUCAGAAAGAAGUUCUCUGCCUCGCGUUUCUGGGACGACUGUGCCAAAUACAACUGCACUAUUGUGCAGUACAUUGGCGAGAUCUGCAGAUACCUGUUGAACCAGCCAGUGCGGGACACAGAGAAGCGCCAUCGGGUGCGCAUGGCGCUGGGUAACGGCCUUCGCCAGAGCAUAUGGGAGGAGUUUAUGGGCCGCUUCAACAUCCCGCAGAUUGCAGAGUUCUACGGAGCCACAGAGUGCAACUGCAGCCUGGGCAACUUCGAUAACCGGGUCGGAGCCUGUGGCUUCAACAGUCAGAUUUUACCCUUCAUCUACCCCAUCCGACUGGUGAGGGUUGAUGAAGAGACCAUGGAGCUCAUUCGGGGGCCUGACGGCGUCUGCAUUCCCUGUAAACCUGGCGAGCCUGGCCAGCUCGUAGGCAGGAUCAUUCAGAACGACCCCCUCAGGAGGUUUGAUGGCUACGUCAACCAAACGGCAACCAGCAAGAAGAUUGCUCACAGUGUCUUCAAGAAGGGAGACAGUGCCUAUCUCUCUGGCGAUGUGUUGAUCAUGGACAUUUACGGCAGCAUGUAUUUCAAGGACCGGACAGGAGACACUUUCCGCUGGAAAGGAGAGAACGUCUCCACGACUGAGGUGGAGGGAACACUCAGCAGGCUGCUAGAAAUGAAAGAUGUAGUUGUGUACGGAGUGGAAGUACCAGGAGCAGAGGGAAAGGCUGGCAUGGCAGCCGUCGCUGAUCCUUCUAACAACACAGACCUGGAGAAGUUUGUGAAGGACAUGGAGAAGGCGCUGCCUCCGUACGCCAGACCCGUGUUCCUCCGCUUCCUGCCAGAGGUCAACAAGACAGCAACAUUUAAGUUUCAGAAGACGGACAUGCGUAGAGAUGGAUUUGAUCCGAGCGCAGUGUCGGACAGACUCUACUUCAUGGAUUCCAGCAGAGGGCGCUACGUGCGGCUGGAUGAGGAGUUUUACCGCUCGAUACUGUCAGGGAAACACAAAUUGUGAUGACUAGGCUGACGACGACAUUUAUACAGACACACACACUCACACAUACAGACGGAGGAACAUAUUUUGAGAGCAGAACGCAGAACCUUGUCCCCACAUAUAAAGUAAUAGCCAUACAAAUACACAUGUGGUCAUUCUAAUGCCAACACACACAGACAUGUUUUAUUCCCAAGCUCACUUAGCUCUUAGCACGCUGAACACACGCAAACACACACACACACACACACACACACACACACACACACACACACACACACACACAGCACUAUUCCAAUUAUCCCUCCUGAAAUCUCCCCGGCAACUCCUCUCCCUACCUCAGCAAACACAGAGAUGCACAAACCUAGCGACCAGGGCUAUUUGGUAACUUGAGACCGCUCUUCAUCGCCACAUAAUCCCGGUGCAGACAGCUCUCAAACCCCAAUAGCCCACCCCCCCACGGUGUGUUCAUCACGAUCCACUGAGCCAGAUGUUAUGGGGGGGGGGGGGGGGACACCACGGGUGGCUGGGAGAGGAGGGGGGUCGUUAGGAGUACAGGCUGCCUAGCAUCUUGAAUGCAAAAACUUGAAACUUACAGAAAAACACAAACUUUAUGGAUGAAGAAGAGGAAUAUGGAUUCAGAACACAUCGGAGGGACCUACAAGGACCUAAUCUCUCUCUCUCUCUCUCUGAUCGCUAUUUUAGCAAUGUUGUUGUUUUUUUAAACUGGAUUCUCGAUCAUUGACUUCACCUGCACAAUCCGCCAGCAGUGACAAACCUGUGACAACCACACUUUUAUCUGAAAUGACCCCUCUGGUCUCCUCUUGUUCAUUUCCAGUUUGCACUGAAAGUGAAGGAGGGACACCACGAUGAAUUGUAAAGGGAACUGAUGAACAUGUGAAGUGCAGAGGUUGAAUCAGACCAGUGGCUCCAGCUGAAGGGUUCACUAAAGUGCAAUAGGGCUCUGAGCUCCUGCAGUGCAAUAAUCAGCCGCACCACACCAGAGCUGAUAUAAAAACAAGUCUUUGCGUUUAAAUAUGUCUGCAUCACACCAAAUAUAUUUAAGUUGUAGUGUUUGUUUACAUAUUUAAGAAUAGUUUUUAGUAAUUUAUGUUGUAAAAGCUUUCUUCUCUCGUGGUCGUGACAAAUGUAUCAGGGUUUUUUUCUUUUUUGUAUCUCUAUCCAAAUCGGUUUCCUGCAUUUUAUAUCAGCGGCUCAAUAACACACAGGAAAAGUGAUCUGACUGAUUCAACCCUGGGCUAAACACAUGGGGCUUUCUCCACUCACAGCGCUGGUCACUGACUGAGCUGGUGUACAGCGGGAUCGUGCCGCUGUAUUGUGCAGGUUGGUCGUUUAAACGUAGACGUAUCGUACGGUGUGCGAGAAUAUUCUUCUGAAACACUCGAGUGAAGAGAGAGAAGCUCUUGUAAGUUUAUUUUAUUUUCUGUUUAAGUAUUUUCUGUUCGCUAAAGCGGGAUGUUCUGCCAGAUUCAGGAGAGCCGAACGAUCCAAAGAUUCAAGAGCAGGGAGGAGGGACACUGUAUGGAAAUAGAAGAAGAGGAAAAAUGUGCUUCGUCAUCGUUUUUUGUCUUUGGUCAUCGGAGGUCGCAGCAGCAUGAAUGAGCUUCAUCGACCACAAGCAGAGCACUGUGCCUUACUGUGAGUUCACCUCCCUGAUUCACAGGCCCUGGCCCACACAUAGUGUCUCAUAUGGUUCCCUGCGCUGGACCUGUACCUUCCCUCUUCUCCUUGAGCCUCUAUCCUCCAUUAUCUUAUUAGUUUUUAGACAUUUCGUGUCGUAGUGGGAUAUCAUUCACCCACGUUACCGUUUGCUCAGCACCUUUUACUUUAGGCCUUUAUCGUCUUUCUGCCAACCCCCUCCAUCCUCUCUUCCCUCCUUCUCUCCAUCUACCCACUCGAAGAGAUGUAGAGCCACAGUCGGAGGAUCCAGCCGGGAUCAGGUGCCCGAGCCCUGUUUGGAUCCUCUGCCUCGUCUGGAUUCUUAUUCUCUGCCACAUCUGCUUCAGACAAAAGUUAAAAACAGUAGUUGAAUAGAUUUGAAAUAUUGUCUUUCUCUAAGAGUCCCACAUCCUUAGUCAGUGGCCGUAAAGCGAGGCAGGUCGCUGCCAACAUUUAACGUCUGGCUCUAAUUCCUCGUAGGUUUUACUCUGGCAGUGCUUUUGGACUCUCAAUAUGUUUCCAUGGCUUUACUUUGAUUACUUUCUUUGCACUGACUGACACAGUCGACCUUGAUGGCUGCUGAUGCUGUUUAUCAAAGUUGCUCUCACUCCUCAUUUCCCAGGUUUUUUUGGGUGGGGAGGAAAAAGACAAACAAAGCCAUUUGACAGAAAUUGAGAAUCAUCCCUGCUUCCUCUGUAGUCUUAGUUCUGAGUCCCUCUCUCACACGUUCUUUGAUGAUGAGUGUGAAAUGUUCUCAUGAAUGUCUGAAAAGCAAAAAUGAGCGACCAAUGAUGAUGAUGAUUUUUUGUAAAGUGUAAUUUACGAAGAGAACGCAGUUUGGCUGUUAUGAUGCUUCUGACCGAGGGGUUGCGCUUGUCGAACCCCGACCACCAGGGGGCGCGUGACUACACAGCCUCAUAGACGAGCACUCUGAAUAAGAGGUUUCCUUUUCUUUGUGUUAAUUUUUUUAUGAGUUUAAAUUAUUAUUUUUGAGAAACUGUUGAUUACACAUUUGAUUGUUUCACUGGUAUUUGUGUUCGUUCUUCUUUUCUUUGCGUGAAAUGCAGCUUUUUUGUGGCUUUGGUAUAAAAAGGGGGACUGAGUGGAAGACAAUCAAACAGUUGAUUUCUUUUUUUUGUUUAUUCUAAAUGUUUGGCACAUGGACCCAGUCAGGACUCUUUGCUUUCUAGAUGAAUUUGGCCUGGAGCCUGUUUACCAUUUCCCAGAUGCUGGAGGUCAACGCAGGAAAGGGCUCUCAGUGAGUGAAGGGUCUGUGGGACAGGCUGCGUUGAGGUUUUGAUUCCCCUGUUUCACCAGAUGGGGGCACUGUGACUUCACCUAUACUUUUAGUGAAGUUGAAGAGAAGCCAUCGUGUUAUCAUGCAGUCAUUAGAUAAACUAUCAAAUUACACUGUAACAGAAAAUAAAUGUGUUGAUUUAAAUGAAAAUCUAACAUGUAUUUCCAAAAUCUGGAUUUAUUUUCACUGUCGAUGGUUUUCCAAAUUUAGAACUUAGUUUUUUUGUUAUGUUUCAGUUGGACUGUACAUAUCACCAAUCUUAAAAGUCUUUUCUUUUACAUUUUUGAUUCAAGAGUUUGUCAAACAAAUUAUUAUCGCCCAGCUUCUUUGUACAUUUACUUUAUUCACAUUAUGAAUCGACAGAUGAAAAAACAAUUUCAUGACCGCCCCCCAAAACCCUGAGAUAGUGCGUUGUGUCACUCUGUGGUGAUUGAAGUGUGUGUGUUGAUGUUCAAGUUUAUUCAGUUGAGCUCUAGUGAAAGUGAAAAUAUUUUUCAGGCGUCUCAUACUGAGAUCAGUGAAGAGAAGUCUCGAGAUGAAAACAAUGACUUGUGAGGUUCAGGAUUAUUAUGUGAGGGUCAUUACACUGCAGACAGGCCACAGAUCACAACCCCUAACUGAGGACUUUGUCCAAGUGUCUCUCUGGUCUCCUCAUGUCUCCGAAACGACAUCACUCAACCUGCUUAUUGCGCUUUUUGUCUUUUUCUUGCUGUCGUGUUCCUCAGAAAAAAGUGCUAGAGAAGGAAACUGGUUUGUACAUGUCUGCGUGUGUGUGUGUGUCUGUGUGAGCGUGUGUGUGUGUGUGUGUGUGUGUAUAUAGGGGAGGUCUGUGAGGUGAGUGUGAGACACACACACACUGAUGUCCUCUUGUCCACAUAAGGCGAGCUGUAUACGUCGUGCAUUUGAAGAAGAUGAGAUAAAAGCCCUGCUGCAAAUGGAAAAUCAUUAUUAAUAAAAAACUAUUUAAAUUGUU